GGGCUCUGGCAUGACUUUCAUUUAAUGUAGAUCAGGUGACUCUCCUGAAAGCGGAACGUGUCAGACUCCACGCCUCUAUUUACCGAUCUGAAACACCGCAAAUACCUUCAGAUUGAUCGACGGAUCAUUUGCCCAUCGUUCAACUAAAGAGUCAAACAAAACAGACUGUAAACACUAACAGAACGCGCUGAUCGUGUGAAAUGGCAGAAGCCAGUAUCUCGUGGGCUGAGGAUCAGUUCAUGUGUCCAGUGUGUCUGGAUCUCCUGAAGGAUCCAGUGACGAUUCUAUGUGGACACAGUUACUGUAUGAGAUGCAUCUCAGGUUGCUGGGACGAGGAGGAUUGGAAGGGAAUCUACAGCUGUCCUCAGUGCAGACAGACCUUCAGUCCAAGACCAGUUUUAGGUAAAAAUGUGGUGUUUGCUGAAAUGGUGGAGAAACUGAAGAAGACGAGACUCCAAGCUGCUGCUCCUUCAGUUCAUCACCCUGGAUCUGGAGAUGUGGAUUGCGACUCCUGCACUGGAAUUAAACAGAAAGGUGUGAAAUCUUGUCUGGAGUGUCGUAUCUCUUACUGUCAAAAUCACCUUGAACAGCAUGAGAAUCUCUUCAGAGGUAAAGGACACAAUCUGAUGGAUGCCACUGGACAGCUGCAGGAGAUGAUUUGCCCUCAACAUGAUAAAAUGCUGGAAAUUUACUGCCGUACCGACCAGCAGUGUAUCUGUAUGCUGUGCUUAGUAGACAAACACAAAAAUCAUGACACUGUAUCAACUGCAGCAGAAAGAAAAGAGAAACAGAGAGAGUUGCAGAGAAUAAUCCAGCAGAAAGAGAAAGAUCUCCAGGAGCUGAGAGAGGCUGUGGAGUCUCAUAAGCGCUCUGCACAGACAGCAGUGGAGGACAGUGAGAGGAUUUUCACAGAGCUCAUCCGCUCCAUUGAGAGACAUCGCUCUGAGGUGACGCAGAUGAUCAGAGAUCAGGAAAGAGCUGCAGUGAGUCGAGCUGAAGAACAACUGGAGCGACUGGAGCAGGAGAUCAAUGAUCUGAGGAGGAGAGACGCUGAGCUGAAGCAGAUUUCACAGACAAAUGAUCAUGUUCAUCUCCUCCAGAGUUUGCAGUCUGUCUCUCUCUCUGGAUCUACAGACAGCUUCGAGGUCAGUUCUCAUCUGUCUUUUGAUGAUGCAGUGAAAUCAGUCUCUCAGCUCAGAGACAAACUGCAGCAGUUCUGCAUUGAUGACAUAAAGAAGAUAUCUACAAGAGUGAAAACCAUCCAGGUCAUUCUGACUCCUGAAUAUCAGACCAGAGAGGAGUUUCUACAGUAUUUCCGUCAGCUGACUCUGGAUCUAAACUCCGUGAGUAAUGGGGUUCAUCUGUCUGAGGGAAACACAGUGAUGAGUUACACUAAAACACAUCAGGGUUAUCCUGAUCAUCCAGACAGAUUUGAUUAUUGGUGUCAUGCCUUGUGUAGAGAGAGUUUGACUGGACGCUGUUACUGGGAGGUGGAGUGGAGCAGCAGUGAUGAGGAAUCAGGAGUAGAUAUAUCAGUGGUAUAUAAGAGCAUUAGGAGGAAGGGAAAGGAAGAUGAGAUUGAUGCUGGACGUAAUGAUCAGUCCUGGAGAUUGUUCUGCUCUCCAAACUAUUGCUCAUUCUGGCACAAUAACAUCGAGACCGUCCUUCCUGUAACUCAAAUUUCCAGUAGAAUAGGAGUGUAUGUGGAUCACAGCGCAGGGAUUUUGUCCUUCUACAGCAUCUCGGACACAAUGAGUCUCAUCCACAGAGUCCAGACCACAUUCACUCAGCCGCUCUAUGCCAUGUUUGGACCUUAUACGUACUCAAGGCUGAAACUGUGCCAUCUUUUUUUUUAGUAGUCAAAAAUAGCACUAGUGAAUGUGUAUUAAACACAGAAAUAUUACGAGUAAAUGAAUGUCUCAUUAAAUCAAUAUAAUAAUGGCUGUGUAAGAGCUAAUAAUGCAUGUUGAAAAUGUGAUGUAGAAAUAUGAUGGGACUCCUGUUUGACUGUCAAAAGUAUCUUUUAAAUCUCAGAGUAAACUAUUUUGAAUAAUACAGUGGUAAAAAUUAUUUUUUAAGUAACUGGUUUUCUGCACUGAUUACUCAAAUGUGGUCUGAUCUUAAUAUAACUUACAACUGUAGAUUAACACUAUCUGACAUAAUAACACAAAUAAUUUAACUUUUCAUAAUUUUUUUUAUUAAAUACAGUGAGUAUUCAUUUACAUUUCAGGGUGGAGAAUGAAAGUGAACCCUUGGAUUUAGUAAUAGAUUGUAUAUGGUUCACAAACUUAUUUUUGCCUCUGUAUAUCCAAACAUUGUCUUCUCCUGCAUGUUGAUAAUUCACAGUUUUGCUAACAGGUGUUUUGUUGAAAAGUUGUGCUUGAUGCAAACAAA